UAGAGCUGGUCGUCGAGUAGAGUGCAAUGAUUAGAUAAAUUGCCACCUGAUUCAAUAAUUGCAAACUGUAUGGAUAACAUAAGCGCGCAUGAUAUGGAUAUGUGAGGAGCUUUAGUUACAUGCUUCAUAGCGGUUCGUGUGAUCCUCUAUCAACAAUGUAAUCCGAUAUUGAAAACAUAUGAUUCCUGCUGAUAUGUAGACUUUAAGCAUCAUGGCGAGUCUGGCUGAUGUUUUCACUGAGGAAGAAAGGACGAACUGGCUGAAGGCUUGGCUGGCAGUAGAUAUUGCAAAGUCUGGCUUAGAACAUUUCGCAGAAAACGAGGCAAAAACUGUACACAUUAAUAUAUACAAUAAUGUCUUAUCAAGUGUUCCGGCGCCUGCUGUAUGCAAUAUCUGUAACACAGCAAACUUGUUGCAAUGCCCUACACAAGGGAUAUGCAAUAAACGAGGCGCAAAGAGCGCAUGUACGGCUAUGCAUGAUACCGCGGCAAAACAACCACGACCGUGUCCUGAUAACGUGUGCAAUAAAGUUCUUAACGAAAUUGAAAAACAACACAAAUAUGCGAUUCCUUCAUGGAAGAAUACCACGGCGACCCUAUGGGCAACAACUCCUUGGCAAAUUGCCAAGGCGUAUUUACCUCCGGACGGAUAUUCUGGAAAGAGUUCAAUACAAGAUACAGACUUUAACGGAAUCAUCAGUUUUAUGAUGAACUGUAAACAUUUUAACACCAAGUUUUCGUUCCCAAUAGCUGCAGGAAAGAACAGUCCUCCCUGUCUUCUGACAAAGGCACGUGACAUUGGCAGGAUUGUCCGUCACUCCUCUCAGUGUAAACUGACAGACGCAGAUCUCCAAGACAUCUUCACAACACUGACUAAUCUGCUGUCUGACCCAACGUGUCUAGCACAAGAUGUCGCAGCACAGGAUGCUGUAAAGAAAUUAGCAAAGCUGCAAAACGACGGAUUGAAGAUAACUACCGAGGAAAUGAUUCAUUUACUACAUGCUGUUCAAGAGAAACUUAAGACAGUUGACACUAUAGCUGAGAAGACUCUUGCCGAGAUACGGAUACACACGGACAAAUGUAAACGAGAACUUGAUGAACACACCGAAAAACGUAAAUUGGCACCUGAUCGUGAAAGAGACUACGAGCAAUCCUGUGAAGAUUUUUUAGGACGGUUGAAAGAAUACUACAAGAAAAAAUUGAAAAUGCUACCUGUUUCGCCAAUAUGGUAUGGUCGCGAGAAAUCGAUUAUGGAUAUAUUUGUACCGAUACUAUUUCACCAUGUCGCAAUCGAGAAAAACGGAUCUCAAAGAGAUACGGAACAAAAGGUAGAAACAUACAAGGACAUGUUUUAUAAAAACACCACAUUGAGCGACAGAGUAACCAUACAAGGAGAUCCAGGAAUGGGCAAGACUACGUUCCUUGCUAAAUUGGUCCUUGACUGGUGCGAUUCAUGCUCAAAAGAUCCGGAGCCAAGCUCUAAAUUUAUUGAUGUAGAAACAUUGCAGAAUUUCCGAUUUUUAUUCCACAUAAAACUUCGAGACUCAGUUGGGCAAAGUAAAGUAGUAGACAUGAUCAAAACACAAAUUAUUGAUGAAAUUUACUUUAAUGAAAAAAAGCAGAGGGAGGCAUACGAUUUACUUGGAAAUAUCAUGGAAAGAGAGGAAUGCCUUGUAACAAUGGAUGGUUUAAACGAAUGGACAGAUCACGCAAAAGAAAACCCUAUACCGAAACUGUAUUCUUUAUCCAAGCAAUGUGUUGUCUUAACAACUUCACGACCCGGGAAAAUGGCUGAUAAGCGUAUCAAAGAUUCUGAAAUCGGCACACUAAUAAAAGCGAUUGGAAUUACUGACCCCAAACAGCUUACGCAAAAUAUGCUACGUUCUCUGACGGAAGACGAUAAAGUGUCAUAUAAAGAAUUUAUGGUCUACGUAGAGGAACGUAAUUUAAACCAUUUUAUGGCGUCUCCUUGGAUGCUUACACUCCUAGUUAAUUUGUGGGUGGACAAAACGUUUUUAAGUGGAUCAUUAUGCGAAAUAAAUAAAGUUCUAAUAUACACCCUUUUCAACAAGGAGCUACCAAAGGAGGGGUUAACAGAAGACAUUCAAUCGGAAAAUGACGUUUUUGAGCAUCACGCAAAGAUUUGUAAAGCACUAGCAAGGAUGGCAUUUAAAUACACGUUUGGUUCCGAAAAGUCACUUGUAUUUAGCAGACAUAAACUGUUAAGUACUAAACUAUUGUCAAAUGAACAACUCGAGUUUGCCAUUAAAUCGGGGGUUUUGAAUGAACGGCAUAUAUUUUCAGCGGCAUCGUGCAAAUCACAUAUUUCAUUUGUACAUGAAACGAUUCAGGAAUUCUUUGCUGCUUCUCAUAUCGCUACUUUAUCGGAGGACAAAAUUACGGAUGUGUUAAGCAAAAGUAAUUUUAAUGUGCUAGAAAUCUGUCAGGUAAUUAUUUAUCUCAGUGGACUAAAGUGUGAGACAGCUAAUAAAGUAAUAACGCAUUUAACAAAAGACGUCCUCAACAACGUAAACGCAGGACUUGAGGAGUUAAUAAUAGGAUCAUAUGACCCGAGAACGACUUUAACAUUUCAGGAAACCGUCGUUAAUACGAAAACGAAAUCGAAAUUGAAGAUCGGUAUUAACUUGUCGUCCGACAUGCGUUGUCUGGUUAUAUCUAUGCUAUUGCAGGAGAUGAUGGUUAGCUGUUAUCACGAGGCUAAAGUCAGCAGACAAAAACAUACUUGUCUAAAGAUGAGAGAUUUCACAUUUCAUGCAUAUUUAAACAAGAACACAAACGAUGAUUUAUUGGAAAUGUUAAUGAUGAACAAGUCCAAUGUACGCACACUCUUGUUAGAACGUAAUGUACUUCCAGAAAAUAAGAUACUCACAUGCCUUCAACAGUCAAAACAUUGUAUUGAGCGCUUGAAGACGUCAGGAACUCGGGGUAUUAUAUCCGCAUUACAUAAUCUUAACUUAAAACAGUUGACUUUAAUCGGAAAUAAAGAUGUGUCAUUGUUUUCCGGGCUGCUGCCAUCCCUGGGUAACCUAACGUUUUUGCGGAUAGAAGAAUCUGAUUUUUACGACGAUAUGUUUCCGCCUUCCAAUAUACAAUAUUUCUGUUUACUAAAAAGUAGAUGUUCUGCUGAGUUUGUUGCACGGCUACUUGUGCAUUUGUCCCAAAUCAGCCACCCCGUCCGUUGCAAUCUGGGCGAAGUAUAUACCACAGAAAAAUCUGAUAUCUGUAUAGCCAAGCUGCGACGGUGCAUUGUAUCAUGCGACAUGUCUAAACUCCAUCUAUGCGUCGGGGAAGGCGCGGACGAGUUAAAUGAUGGCUGUGCAGUUUAUUGA